AUGUCCUCUAACAAUGCUGCGGUGCCUGAGUUGCCCAAGUCCUUGAAGCGCAAGGCUGAGGACAAUUUGCCUGUUCGUUACCAGAAGAAGGCAAAGGUGGUCCUAAUGCUGGAGCAGCAAAGGCGGAAGUGGCGUAAAGCGCACCCUUCUGUACGCCCCGACAUGAUCAUGUCUUCAGUUCCAAUCCACGUGCUUGGGUGCCGCCGGAUAUGGUGGGUGCCCGGUGUCCCACAACUUCCCCCAUUGGACUGGGUCCUGGGGUGCAAAUAA